AUGCUGAUGGCGCGCCCUGCACACCGGCGCGUGCAUGCGAUGGCGUCAGAGGAGGCGGUGGCGGCGGCGCAGCUGGAUGAGGGCACUUUCAGAAACGAGCUGCAGGCAUCAGAGGGCGGCGGCAGCGGCUUUGACAGCAGCAGCGGCGGCCCCACAGCGGCAACAGUGACGGCAGCGAUCGCACGAGAGGCGCAGGCGGCACAGGAACUGGAGGGCAGCUGGUUGUCUGCUGGUGUCCCGGCCAGCAAUGGUGCUAGCAGUGGCACCAGUAGUGGUGCUGCAGCGGCGGCAGUGGCUGACGAUGACAUCAGCAGCAUCAGCAGCAGCAGCACCAGUGAACGAGACGUUGCUGCCGCCUCAGACGACAGCAGCACCGGCAGCCCCAGCAGCAGCAGCAGCAGCAGCAGCAGCAGCGGUGACUCCCUCUCCUCGGCCCCUGCGCUCGACGACCCAGCAGCGGGCGACCCGCCGGCCAAGCCGCGCGGCCCCGCGGCCGCGCCGCCCGUGCUCAUGACGUCCGGCGCCUCUAUGCUGCCGCACCCCGAGAAGGCGCACCGCGGCGGCGAAGACGCCUUCUUCAUCGCCGAGCCCCCGCUCUCCGUCGGCGUCGCCGACGGCGUCGGCGGCUGGGCGGAGAUCGGCGUCGACGCGGGCGCGUACGCUCGGCUGUUCAUGGUGCACGCGAAGGAGGAGGCCGAGGCGCUGCUCGGCGGCGACGCGGCGCUGUCGCCGCAGACGGUCCUGGAGCGCGCCUACUACCGCACCAACGUGCAGGGGUCGUCCACGGUCUGCAUCCUGUCCCUCAACGGCUCCACCCUCUGCGCCUCCAACCUCGGAGACAGCGGCUUUGUCCUCGUCCGCGACGGUGGCGCGGCGUUCCAGUCGCCGCAGCAGCAGCACAACUUCAACUUCCCGUACCAACUCGGCUCCGCCGACGGCGGCGCGAGCGACCACCCGCAGAGCGCGAUGCGUUUCGAGCUGACCGUGCAGCCGGGCGACAUCGUUAUCACUGGGACUGAUGGGCUGUGGGACAACGUGUUUGCGGAGGAGGCGGCGACGAUCGUGGCGCGCUGCCGGGUGCAGGGCGACGGGCCCGAGGCGGCGGCGCAUGCGCUGUGCAGGUAUGCGCGCAUGCGUGCCACAGACCCCAAGUACCACUCUCCUUUCAGCUACUCCGCCAUCCAGGCCGGAUACGUCUUCCUGGGCGGUGGCUUCCAGCCAUCUGGCAUCGUUUGGAAGGCAGCGGCUCUUCUUGAUUGUGCCUAA